CACAAGAGAAAUUCACCGUUUUACUCAUGAAUUAGGAUUUUCAUCGCGGGAAUAACAAGAAAAGUAUAGACACAAUAGUCGAAAUGGCGUGAAGUCACUCGUAUAGUUUAUAUCCACAAAUAUUCUGAAAGAGGGUCGGGCAGAAUGGCGGAGGGGGAGGAGGCCAUGAGCCAGGAGGACUGGAAGGAGAAGUGUCUGGUCCUGGAGGCGCUGCUCAUGAAGUUCAGAGUGCAGAUCAUCAAGAUUCGCGAACUCACCGCUGACAAGAUUCAACAGUUGGAGACGCAGGUGAUCGAUGCAGAGAAAAGGGCCUUCACCGCUCACCAGCAGGUGCAGUGGAUGGAAGAGAAGCUGAAAGCUCCAGACAGUCAGUCCGGAGACUCCGAGGUACGUUUGUUCCAGCGGUGCCAGGAGCUGCAGGCCUUGGUGCAGGAGAAGGAGGAUGUCAUCGGACAGCUGGAGCAGCAGCUGGAGGAGCAGAAACAGAUCCGCCUUCAGGACUCCAAAACAGUGGAGGAGAAAGCAGCCAAGAUCAAGGAAUGGGUGAUGCUUAAGUUGUCAGAGUUUGAGGUGGAGAACGCGGCGUUAAGAGAAAGCAACAAGCAACGAGAGGCUCAGAUUGUGGAGUUACAGAAACAAGUGCAGGCCUUUGAGCAGAAGUGUGGUGGUGGACGAGGAGUCCUGUGCAGACCAGGGGAGGCCCAGCGUCUCAGCAGCCUGACGUUUGGCUGCUUCCAGGUUAGGGGGAAGAGCCCCCAGGUCCUUACUGGACCGGCCCCCUGCCAGAGGACCCUCAGCACCCAGCCAGAGACCGAGGGCAGAGAAAUAACUGAGAACAGUAGUAAGCAGGCAGCCUCCUCAUGGACAAACGGUGAAGUCCGGACGCCUGACCACACUGGACAUCUGGAGGGGGACAGUGCAUCUGAAAGCCUGGGUGAGCACGCACAUGGACCCGAGUCUCGUGGCGUCUCCUCCGUGCUCUCCAGCGCUGCGUCAGAGGGGGAGGGAGGUGGAGGAGGAGGAGUGUGCGGCCUGGAGUUCAGCCGCCCCGGCAGUGAGACCUACCUGACUGCUUCGGACGACAGCAGCUCUCUGUUUGACGAUGACAUGCAGCGUGCUGAGCGGCCCCGCUUCAGCCUGCUGGGCUCAUCAGAUGGGACGCAGGGAGGGUGUAAGGACGAGGAGCAGGAUGAGGGACAAGGGAAAAACAGGAAGGACUGCACCUCUGAGGAGCUCAACAAACGUUUUCAGUCACAGAGACUUGACUCCUCGUCCUCUUCCAGCGAACCUAACACCCCCAGCCCCGUCCUGACGCCAGCCCUCACCCCUAAACGACCCAACCCACCCCAGGACCCGAGGGACAUCCCCACCUCUCCCAAACAGCCCCGGCUGCGAAACCCAGCAAGCUUCGGAUUGAUGAAUGUGGCCAAGAAACACCUGAGCCAGCCACCAAUCAGCAGCGAGGCAGCACACGGACAAACACGUAACGCUCUCAGCAUGCUGCGCCCCCUCCGGCCACAGGAAACUGACCUCGACCAGGAGCAGGAAGUCGCCAUGGAGACGGGCCGGGACAUGCCUGAUCCAUCUGAACCUGGAACAGAGAUCAUCCCAGGGCAAGACUAUGACAGCUCAGCACCCCCGACACCCCCUUUACACAGGCUGCCCUCCUGGGAGAGUCGCAUCUAUGCUGUGGCUAAAUCAGGGAUCCGACUGUCUGAGACGUCCUGCACAGACCCUGCUAGCAAAGACCCCUCCCUCCAGUCCUCCUAUCCUGCCUUUGUGAUGUACACAUCCCUCAUCUAUAAAAACAUGACUACUCCAGUUUACACUACUCUGAAGGGGAAAGCCACCCUGCUGAGCAGCAGUCCGUUCUCAGACGAGUCGUCCAGCUCCGAGGAGUCCUCGAGCUCAGGAGAGGAGGACGGCUCCCUCUGCAGCUCCCACACCUCCUCCAGCUCCCGCAAGGAUAGCAGACCAGGCAGCCCGCGCUCUCUCAAGAGAGCUGUUUCCAUGUCUUCAAUGACAUCAGAGAGCGACUAUGCCAUCCCUCCUGAUGCCUACUCCACCGACACAGAGUGCUCUGAACCAGAGCAAAAACUGCCCAAAACCUGCUCUUCAGCCAGCGACAACGGCAAGAGUGAACCAAUGGAGAAGUCAGGCUACCUGUUGAAAAUGGUGAAGACCUGGAAGAAAACUUGGAAGAGACGCUGGUUUGUCCUCAAAGACGGAGAGCUGCUCUACUACAACUCACCUAGUGAUGUGAUCAGGAAACCUCAGGGUCAGAUUGAGGUCAAUGCCACCAGCAGCAUUGCCCGUGGAGAUGGAAAACAAGUCCUCCAGGUAGUGACAGGGAAGCGUGUGUACUACCUGAAGGCUGACUCCCCCAACCUGCUGGAGGAGUGGCUCAGGGUGCUGCAGAGCGUGCUCAGGCUGAAAGCUGCCAGUCCUCUCUUCACCCAGCCAGAUAUUCGUCCGGGAAUGAAGGGACUGCUCAUUAAGGUGAAGCACGGCUACUCUAAGCGAGUUUGGUGUGCGCUGAUUGGCAAAACCUUGUACUACUUCCGGAGCCAAGAGGACAAGUUCCCCCUGGGUCAGAUUAAGCUGUGGGAGGCCAAGGUGGAGGAGGUGGACAGGUCAAGAGAUUCAGGUGACGACCUGAAGGCAUGUGGGCGGGGCUUACAGGCGGCAUCUUUUACCAUCGCCGUCCACCCACAAGAGCAAGGGCCGACCUAUCUGCUCAUCGAGUCCCGCCACGAAAAGGACUCGUGGCUCUACCAUCUGUCUGUGGCAGCGGGCACCACAGUGGGUAAAGUCGGCACUGAGUUCGAACAACUGGUGGGAAAACUUUUCCAACAGGAUGGAGAUCCAAACUCUCAGAUCUGGAGACAGCCCAUGUUGUGUUUCAGUAAAGAAGCUCUGUUGUCUCCUCUCACCACCCUGCCCUCACAAGCUCUGCAGACAGAGGCCGUUAAACUCUUUAAGACUUGUCAGCUUUUCAUCAACGUAGCCAUCGAUGCUCCGGCCAUCGACUACCACGUCUCGCUGGCCCAGAGUGCAUUGCAGGUGUGUCUGGCCCAUCCCGAGCUUCAGAAUGAGUUCUUCUGCCAGCUCAUUAAACAGACCCGCCGGAGGCAGCCACAUGGACACCCAGGACCCCUGCAGGGUUGGCAGUUUCUAGCCUUGUGUGUGGGACUGUUUCUGCCUCAGCACCCGUUCCUCUGGCUGCUUCAGGUUCACCUCAAAAGACACGGAGACUCCAGGACUGAGGUGGGUAAGUAUGCCAUCUACUGCCAGCGCUCUCUGGAGCGGACCCAGCAGAAGGGCGAGAGGCAGGCCAGGCCGUCCCGUAUGGAGAUCCUGUCCAUCCUCCUGAGGAAUCCCUACCAUCACUCUCUGCCCUUCAGCGUGCCUGUUCAUUUCCUCAACAACACCUACCAGGUGGUAAGCUUCGAUGCUUCGACCACAGUGGAUGAGUUCCAGUGUCGCCUCAACCAGGACACCGGCAUACGGAAAACGGGGCUGUCAGGGUUCAGCUUGUUCACUGAUGACCCUACUGGACGAGAACUGGAACACUGUCUGCAAGGAAGCAUCAAGAUUUGUGACAUUAUCUCUAAAUGGGAGCAAGCCUCUAAGGAGCAACACACUGGCAAGUCUGAAAACACCAGGACUGUCCGCCUCACCUACAAGAACAGGCUGUACUUCUCUCUCCAGGUCAGAGGGGAGUCAGAGAGGGAGAGGCUGCUGCUGGCUUACCAGACAAAUGAGGCUAUCGUAGCGGGACACUUCCCUGUCAACAAGGAACUGUCUCUGGAAAUGGCUGCCCUGCUGGCCCAGGUGGAGUUCGGAGACUUUGAGCGUCCCUUCUCUGCUCCUGGAUCAGCCCAGACCAAGUCUAACCAAACCCUCAAACAGGUUCUGGACAGAUUUUACCCCAAACAUUACCGCAGGACCACGUCUGAGGAGCAGCUCAGACAACUGUUGCAGCGUCUCUCUGCCCGCUGGGCCUCCCUCAGGGGUCGAAGUUCCUCCGAGUGUGUCAGGAUCUACCUGACCGUUGCCAGGAAGUGGCCUUUCUUUGGUGCCAGGUUAUUUGAGACAAAGUCCAACACUCCCUCUGCAGAGCCGGCUGCCCAUGUUUGGCUGGCAGUGCAUGAAGAUGGUAUCAGUGUUCUGGAGCACAACUCUGUCAAGCCGCUGGUGUCCCACCCAUACAAGAACCUGAUGACGUUCGGGGGCUGCAAACAGGACUUCAUGCUGGUUGUGGGACAGAGCAUCGGCGCCAACGCCAGCAAAGACAAACCUACAGAGAAACAUCUGUUUGUUAUGGACGCCUCCAAGAUAAGGGAGCUCACCCUCCUCAUCUCCAGUUACAUCAACAGUGCUCAUCAGCAGAAGGCUGCGGCCCACCACCUCUCUGCCCCGGCUCUGAUGGUGGCCCAGCCCAUCAGCCUGAAGAGCAAAGAGCUGAGGAGCAUAUCUCCACCAGCACUGGGACGCCCCAGCAAGACCCCCACGCUGCUGUGACGCUGCAAACAUAUCACGCCCUGAGAAAGAGUUUUACUGAGAUGCCUUUUUUACCUUGUUUGAAUUUCAAAAUGAAGGAUUUUGUUUUACAGUUGCAUUAUUACACAGCUCUUCUUUCUUAUCGGUCUGAACCUGUAGAUUUGACUCUAUGGCCCGGAUUCAUUUCUGGUACGUGACUACCUCCCUAAAGCAUGGGUGCUCCAUCCAGAUGAGUUGGGACUCGUCUCCCUCCACUGUUUGGUAUAACUUGAUGUCACUGAUAUCAUCAAACAGGAUUUCUGGAAGUUGGUGUCCUUCAUUUUAAGCAGUGAACUCCUAAAAGGUGACUUAUGGACCUGCAGCAGUGAGCUGUUAUGGGUACAAAGGUGUCCUGCGAACAAGAUGCUUUGCUUAACAUUCUCCAAGGACAUUCUUUGUCUCUGUGAUGAAUGUGUGGCUUUUAAGUGCCGACUCCAAAGAGGAAAAAGUCAACACUAUUUAUUGACAGACUUAACUAGAGUUCUAAUGUCUCAUUAUUAAUCUAAGUGUGCUGUGCGGUUUAUUUCCUUUUGUAAAGAUGCUCUUUGAAGUCAAUUAUUGUAUUCCCAUCUUAAAAAAACAGAAGAGGCAAUGAUGCUUUGUUAAGGGAUAAUUAAGAGGGUGUUUUUGUAUCUUUUCCCUUCUUCCUGCAGGGCACAAUAACGCUACCAGGAGCUAAAAGCCUUACAGUGAUACCACGGUUGUAUAAUGAAGGAUACAGAACAAUAUGAUGAAAGCAGGAGGCAAGACUGCAACUGCAGUGAAAAAUGUUUUGUGUGUCCUGUUUGCAGUGCGAUAGAGUGACGAGCCGUUGGUUGUGGCGGGAGAGUUUAUAACAGGACACCAGUUUGGACCCUGUGUGCUCUUAGUUACUGAAUAGCCAGGAGAGUGGUGGAACUUUAAUCAUGGACAAAUACUUUGAGUCUUUCUGGUGCAGUGCAUAACUGAAAUCAGCUAGAUGCUCCCACUCUGUAUUUAACGUAGCAUCGUGUAGAGCAGUAACGCAGGGUAGUGGUUAAAUAAGAGGAAGAUGGUAAGAGAAUGUGACAAGUGAGGAAACAGGUUGGUGAGAAUGUAAUGCAGAUGCUGGAAUAAAGGAGAAGUACACUUCCCUUUUCAGUAUAUGACGGUAUUUUAACCUCCUAAAGCCUAGCUUACACACACUGAGGAAAAGCUGCAUUUGUACCAAACACUACAUAGAGCUCCAAAACUCUUACAACCUUUCACAUUGAACAAAUACUAAUUCCCUUGUUGACUAGAGUUAUUCAACAAAACUCACAUUUUCCAAAAAUGUCAAACAUGCUCACAGAGAUGAUGCAGGAGGAAAGGGUAGGUUCCCCUGAGUCAUACGAUGUACAACCCUUGUUAGUGACUGAACGAAUACGUUCAGUUCAUUAGCACGAUAGAAAACUACGUCCUGCCGUUUCUUUGUCUAUGUAGGCUUUAGAGGGAAGCAACAGGUUCAGAUAUAGUGACCCAUGUACUCCAAAGAGAAACGGGUACUCUCCCAGUAUCAUCUGAAGCCUGUCAGGUAUUAUAUUUAUUUAUCAUAAAAAUAAUCAUCCUUGGAAUAAGUCUUAGAAUUAUUGUACAUGUCUGAUGCUUAAAUAAACUAAAUUACA